CUGCUAUUGUGCCAAAACAUCCGGGUUAAACUCAUGACUUAACAUUUUAUUAAAUCACGGUUUUACCACGGAUCUGUUCUGUGUUCUGCAAUCUGAAAGGUGUUGAUUAGUUGUAGUCAUACUUUGCAGUCGUAUUUAAACUGUUUAUAGUAAAUAUUACGCAAGUCUGGUUUUAAUGAUAGGUAAACAAGUCAAAUUCUACCCACAGCGCAGCUGAAUAACAGGAGGUGGUGUGUGUAUCGCACACACGCAUACGUAAGGAAUAAUUGACGACGGGCCGUUGAAUAAUUAGAAAAUAAUGCACACCCGAGGUGGUGAUGAGGCCACGACGCGAAGCGGAGUGUGUGGCGUCAUUUAAAUGGUCUACCAUUUAAUCGAGCAGGCACUUAAAGGGAUAAAGGCGGAGUCUCCAUAUGAUUGUGGAAUAAUAUAAAGAUAUUCUGCGUUUCAAGAGACCCCAGUAGGAAUCAUCUGGUCUGGAUCAGCACAGAAAUGGAGAAGGAGAGAAGAAAAAGAAGAGCUGCUUCUGAAAUGCCCCCCCCUGUGGGGUGUAAGAGAGAGAGCACUGAGAGUGUCCUGAUGAAGAGAGCAGACUCCCCUGUACCCAGCUGUGCUUCCCUGAAGAGUGACAGGUCAAUGCCACAUCCAUUCAACUUCAGUGAGGGACCUUUUCCUACAGAUAAAAGAGACCAAAUGGAAGAAUGCAGUUCAGAUCUACAUGAUAAAUCAGGUUUAUCAUCCAUAUCGAAGUCACUAGAGGAAAACGCUGUAAAGUUCCUAAAGGACGAGCUGAAGAAGUUUGUGAGGUACCUAGAUCAGAAUUACCCAGAAUGCUCUGAGCCUCAGCUGGAGGAGGACAAUGACCUGGACAGUGAUGGUCAGAUGCAGAAGACCUGUGGUAGAGAGGGAGCUCUGAAGAUCACACUGUACAUCCUGAGGACCAUGAAGCAAAAUGACCUCGCUGACAUGCUGGAGAAGAGACAGCUCAUGCUGCAAUAUCAGUGGGAAAUCAAAUGUAAACUUAAGAAGCAAUUUGAGUGUGUAUUUGAAGGGAAAGCUAAGGGAGGACAGCCAACACUUCUCAGUGAGAUUUACACAGAACUCUACAUAACUGAAGGUGGUACUGGAGGAGUCAAUGAUGAACAUGAAGUGAGACAGAUUGAAACAGCAUCCAAGAAAAGGCGAACAGAAGAUACUACAGUCAAGUGCAAUGAUAUAUUUAAACCUUUAUGUGGGCGUAAGACACCUAUCAGAACUGUACUCACUAAAGGGGUGGCAGGUAUCGGGAAAACAGUCUCUGUGCAGAAAUUUAUUCUCGACUGGGCAGAAGGAAAAGCAAACCAGGAUGUUCACUUCAUAUUUGCUCUUCCUUUCCGGGACCUGAAUUUGAUUAAGGAGGAAUACAGUCUGAUUGAACUGCUUCACCGCUUUGUCCCAGAACUGAAAUCUGUUGAAUCCACUGAGCUGUUUAGGUACAAAGUCUUGUUCAUCUUUGAUGGUCUGGAUGAGUGUCGCCUUCCUCUAGAUUUUCAGAACAAUGAGAGCUGGUUUGAUGCAACAAAGAAAAUGUCACUGGAUGUGCUGUUGACUAACCUCAUUAAGGGGAAUCUGCUUCCAUCUGCUUUCCUCUGGAUAACCUCCCGGCCAGCAGCAGCCAGUCAGAUACCUCCUAAGUGUGUCCACCGGGUGACAGAGAUACGAGGGUUCAGUGAUGCCCAGAAGGAGGAGUAUUUCAAGAGGAGAUUCAGUGAUCAGAGCCUGGCCAGCAGGAUUAUCACACAUGUGAAAUCAUCAAGGAGCCUCUUCAUCAUGUGCCACAUACCUGUGUUUUGCUGGAUUUCAGGCACUGUCCUUGAGAGACUUUUUAGUGAGACUGACAGGGGAGAAAUUCCAAGGACUCUGACUGAAAUGUACACACACUUCCUGAUCUUUCAGGCGAGUUUAAAAAUAGACAAAUAUUCGAAAAACGAUGAAACCAAGCUUAAUGAAUACAGCAAGGAAUUCCUUUUGAAACUUGGUAAACUGGCUUUUGACAACCUUGAGAAAGGCAAUCUCAUAUUUUAUGAGCAAGAUCUGACAGAGAAUGGCAUUGAUGUCACUGAAGCUUCAGUUUACUCUGGAGUGUGCACAGAAGUCUUUAAGGAGGAAUAUGGGUUGUAUGAGAAGGUGUACUGCUUUGUGCAUCUGAGCAUCCAGGAGUAUCUCGCUGCUUUAUAUGUGUUUCUAUCAAAAAGAUCAGUUAAACUGCUGGAGACUGCAGUGGAUCAGGCAUUAAAGAGCACGAAUGGACACUUGGACCUUUACCUCCGCUUCCUCCUGGGCCUCUCAACAAACUCCAGUCAGACUCUGUUACAAAGACUACUGGGACAGACAGGAACCAGCUCACAUAAUAUUACAGAAACAGCCAAAUUCAUCAAGUGGAAAAUACAGGAGAAUUUAUCUCCAGAAAGGACCAUCAACCUGUUCCACUGUCUGAAUGAACUGGGUGACAAUUCUCUAGUAGAGGAAGUACAAAGAUACCUGAAUUCAGGAAGCCUUUCAGCAGAAGACCUCUCACCUGCACAGUAUUCAGCUCUGGUGUUUGUGUUACUGGUGUCAGAUGAGGAGCUGGAUGUGUUUGAUCUGAAGAAAUACAUCAGAUCAGAUGAAGAGCACUGGAGGUUGCUGCCUGUGGUCAAGAACUCCAGGACAGCUCUGCUGAAAGGCUGUGGUCUCAUAGAUAAACACUGUGAAGUGUUGACAUCAGCUCUAAGAUCAAACUCUUCACCCCUGAGAGAGCUGGACCUGAGUGACAAUGACCUGCAGGAUUCAGGAGUGAAGCUGCUCUGUGCUGGACUGGGGGAUUCACGGUGUAAACUGGAGAUACUAAGACUGUCAGGCUGUAGAGUCACAGAAGAAGGCUGUUCUUCCCUGGCUUCAGCUCUAAGGUCAAACUCCUCACACCUGAGAGAGCUGGACCUGAGCUACAAUCAACCAGGAGACUCAGGAGUGAAGCUGCUCUCUGCUGUACUGGAGGAUCCCAGCUGUAAACUGGAGAAGCUGCAGCUGUCAGGCUGUAGAGUCACAGAAGAAGGCUGUUCUUCCCUGGCUUCAGCUCUGAGGUCAAACCCCUCACACCUGAGAGAGCUGGAUCUGAGCUACAAUCACCCAGGAGACUCAGGAGUGAAGCUGCUCUCUGCUGUACUGGAGGAUCCCAGCUGUAAACUGGAGAAGCUGAAUGUGGACCACGGUGGAGAGUGCAGGACCAGACCAGGCGUACAGAGAUGGCUUCAGUUUGCAGUUACACUGCUGUCUGGAGACUCCUGCCAGCUGACACUGGACCCCAACACAGCAAACAGAUUCCUGUCUCUGACAGGGGGGAAUAGGAAGGCGACAGGGGGGGCAAAGCAGCCAUAUCCUGAUCAUCCAGAGAGAUUUGAUGUCUGCCCCCAAGUUCUGUGCAGAGAGAGUCUGACUGGCUGCUGUUACUGGGAGGCUGAGUGGGAUGGAGAUGGAGCCUGGAUAGGAGUCACUUAUAAAGGGAUCGGGAGGAAAGGAGGGAGUGACUGUCGGCUUGGAUAAAAUGACAAGUCAUGGAGUCUGUGCUGCUAUCCUGACAGAUACUCUGUCCGGAACAAUAAUAAACGAACUGAUAUACCCAUAGAGCCCUCAGGCUCCCGCAGAGUAGGAGUGUAUCUGGACUGGGGGGCUGGUGCUCUGUCCUUCUACAGAGUUUCCUCUGAUGGACUGACCCUCCUACACAGAUUCACCUCCUCAUUCAAUGAGCCUCUCUAUUCAGGGUUUUGGGUUGAUAUAAAAUCCUCAGUGUCGCUGUGCAUGCUGGGAUAGCUCACUGUGUGCUGGAGGAAUAAUCUUUACUUAAUCUUAGGGUGUGGAUGCUGCUGGCUCUCCAUGGUAAAUCAUCUACCCAACCCAUAUAAUCCUUUUUACUCUGAAAUGAUUCGUGCCCAUUGCUUCCGGGAUAGGCUCCGGACCCCCCGCGACCCAGUAGGAUAAGCGGUUUGGAAAAUGGAUGGAUGGAUGGAUGAUUGUUAGACAAAAAUUAAUUACUGGGUUCAGGAAGCUGAACAAACAUGCAAAAUAAGAGUUUUCCAUCCAUCCAUCCAUUUUCCAAACCGCUUAUCCUACUGGGUCAUGGGGGGUCCGGAGCCUAUCCCGGAAACAAUGGGCACAAGGCAGGGAACAACCCAGGAUGAGGGGCCAGCCCAUCCAUCCAUGAUUCACCUAUAAUAUUAUUGUAUUAAGGUUAAACUGCAUAACCAUGUUUUUUUUUUUUAUCUCUCUGAUCACUUAUAUAACUUGUUUUUCACAACAAGAGCAUCCUUAUCUUAUGUGAAAGACUCCUCGUUCUGGGAUGCUUACCCUAUUCAGGACACUUACGAUGUUUCCCCGGGUUUGGAGGGGCUUGCUGGAGACAGGGAAAGGUGCUGCUCAAUAUAAUAAAAUUUUUGUACGCCACUGGUCAGUGUAUGAGACACCUGCCUUAUCUUCAUGGGGAGGGAAAGCACUGCUCAAGGACACUUGUUUAAUUAUUUUGGGAACUGCACCUAGUCAGUCAGUGUGUGUAGAACACUUACCCCCAUCCUUAGGAGGAGGGGAUACAUUGAUUGUAGAAACUUUCCAGUUGAAACUGCAGGCAGCAUUGCUCGGACAAAAUUAGAAAUUUGAGAACGCAUUGCCUGGGGGGGGGGGGUGAGCCUGGCCAGCUCGUCAAUGUGUUGGUUCAAUUAAUUAUCACAAUAACCAUAGUAUCAACCAUACAUCAAUUUGCACUUUCUAUUUCUGCAUGUUUUUUUUAUUAUCACUUUUUAUAUAUACCUAUAGCGGCAUGGUGGUGCAGUGGUUAGCACCGUUGCCUCACACCUCUGGGACCUGGGUUCAAGUCUCCGCCUGGGUCACAUGUAUGUGGAGUUUGCAUGUUCUCCCCAUGUCAUUGUGGGGUUUCCCCCUACACUAAAACAUGCUGAGGCUAAUUGGAGUUACUAAAUUGCCCAUAGGUGUGCAUGCGUGAGUGAAUGGUGUGUGAGUGUGCCCUGCGAUGGGCUGGCCCCCCAUUCCUGGGUUGUUCCCUGUUUCAUGCCCAUUGCUUCUGGGUUAGACUCCGGACUCCCUGUGACCCAGAAGGAUAAGUGGUUUGGAAAAUGGAUGGAUGUCUAUUUACUGUAUUUCCUCCCUGUACAGUGAUAAUAAAGGCUUUCUGUUCUGUCCUGUUAA